CGCGCUGGAGCGAUUUGCACUGGCACGUAAAUUGGCGCAGCUGGAACGCGCUUGUCGCUCGAGGAAGGCAGACAGGCGCGGCUCGGAGCUGCACGGAAAAGCUCUAGACAUCGCAGGACUCGCACGCUGAGCUGGGGCGGCCGCGGGACGAAACACGAGCUGCCGGUGACGUCAUCCAUCCCUGCGAACGCGGCCGUGUGCUGGAAUGUGAGGGGGACCUGCGCGUGCCGGAGCAAACUCUCGAGGGGGAAAAACUUUGGAAACAUUUCGACUCGCAAGUUUCCAGCUUUCGUUUUAAUCUCUCGAAGGACUGGCGAUCCAGCAUGGCUGCCCAGCCUGUUUAUCCCAUUGGAGUGGGCAUGUUUACCCCUGUGGUGUCUGUGCCCAUGGCAGGUGAGGGCCAGGGAGUGACGGAUAUGGCUGCUCCGCAGCUGGUCAUGCUGGCCAACGUAGCCCUCACUUCCGAGGGCACCAAUUGUGAGAGCCUCAUGGAAGAGAAACAGAUGGUGGAGCUGAAGACGGUGGGCAGCGGCAGCUACUCCGAUAGCGAGGAUGAGGCGCUGACGCGAUUCGGCGGCUUCGAUGGCCAGGCCGAGGCGCCCGUGGUCGUGUACGACGAGGCCCAGUCGGAUCCACCAUGCCAGACCGCCACGGAGCCAGUGCCAGAGGAGACGAGAAACGAUCAGGAGGGGGUGGAGGAACCGGAGCAGGAUCAGUCUCCGGCAGGAGCAGGCAAGCGCAAGCGCAUACAACGGCCUGUGGAGCCACCUAAGAAGAAGAAGCCAUUUCACUGCAAGCCCUGUCAGUAUCAGGCGGAGUGCGAGGAGGAUUUCGUCCAUCACAUCCGUAGGCAUAGUGCCAAGAAGCUAAUUGUGGUUAAUGGGGCGGAGGCUGAGGCUGAGGGGGCGGCCAAGGACUCGGCAUCCAGUGCCGAGGGAGGGGAAGGGCUGGUGUACACGAAGGGAGUGAUUCGUUGUGAACGCUGCGGCUAUAACACGAACCGCUAUGACCACUAUGUGGCCCACCUCAAACAUCACACUAAGGAGGGGGACAGCCAGAGGGUUUAUAAAUGUACCAUCUGCACGUACACCACCAUCAGUCAGUACCACUGGAAGAAGCACCUGCGCAACCACUUCCCCAGCAAGCUGUACACUUGUGCACAGUGCUGCUACUUCUCUGAUCGCAAGAACAACUACGUGCAGCACAUCCGCACUCACACAGGGGAGCGUCCAUUCCGGUGCCCAUACUGCAAGUAUUCAAGCUCCCAGAAAACACACUUGACGCGGCACAUGAGAACGCACUCGGGUGAGAGGCCUUUUAAGUGUGAGACCUGUAGCUAUCUAGCUGCCAACCAGCACGAGGUGACUCGCCACGCCAGGCAGGUCCACAACGGCCCCAAACCUCUCAGUUGCCCCCAUUGCCAGUACAAGACGGCGGAUCGCAGCAAUUACAAGAAGCACGUAGAGCUCCACGUCAACCCUCGGCAAUUCCUCUGCCCCGUCUGCAGUUACGCUGCCUCCAAGAAGUGCAACUUGCAGUACCACAUCAAGUCCCGGCACCCAGACUGCUCUGAGAUCACCAUGGAUGUAUCCAAAGUGAAGUUGCGUGUCAAGAAACCUGAUUCCAAUUCCACUUACUACAAUGUGGACGGGAACACCCAGUAUGUGUUGACAGGAAUCAAAGAAAGGAAAGGGCAGGUGGAGAAAAAAUCCGUCAAACAAGCAAAUGCUACUGCAGAUGAACAGCAGAACCUGACCCCGAUGAACCUUUCUAUGCGGAAAUCUACUAGACCAGCUUCAGCACCUGCUGCCGAGAAAGAGCGCAAGGACAAGACCUCCAAGAAAGGGGAGCAGAACUCCGAGAAAGCUGGCACAGGAAAAGCAGAGAAGGGCUUGGCAGAGGAGAAGGGGAUGGAGAAGCAGAAAGCAGAAAAAUGUGAACGACGGGAGAGAAGUGGUGGAAGAACAAGAAUGGAGAAGGCUGAUUGUGAUGGGAAACAAGCUGAGAGUGGCUUGGAAAAAGUGGAAAAGAAAAAAGAAGCCAAGAAGACCACCAAAGCUUCCCGGCUCUCGGAUGGUACAGUGGUCAAGAUGCCAAACAAAAGGGGAAGGAAAUCUGUAAAGUUGGCAACAGGUUCAGAAGAGAAGGAUAAGAUGGAGAAGGUAGAGAAGAAGAAAGAGAAAGCUGAAAAGGAAAGGAUGGAGAAGGAGAGGACUGAAAAGGCCAGAGUGGAGAAGGAGAGGGUUGAAAAGAAGAGGGCGGAGAAGGAGAGGGUGGAGAAGGAGAGAGCAGAAAAGGAGAGGGUGGAGAAGGAGAGAGCAGAAAAGGAGAGGUUGGAGAAGGAGAGGGCCGAAAAGGAGAGGGCCGAGAAGGAGAGGGCCGAAAAGGAGAAGGAGAGGGUGGAGAAGGAGAGGGCCGAAAAGGAGAAGGCCGAGAGGGAGAGGGUGGAGAAAGAGAGGACAGAGAGGGAGAAACUGGAGAGGGAGCAGGCUGAGAGGAAGAAACUGGAGAAAGAGAGGGCCGAGAAGGAGAGGGUGGAGAAAGAGCAGGUUGAAAAGGAGAAGCUGGAGAAGGAACAGGCUGAAAGGGAGAGGGUGGAGAAAGAGCGGACCGAGAGGGAGAAGGUGGAGUUAAAGAACAAAAACACAAUGAAGUCUGACAAAAGUGCUUGCCAGAGUUCACCUAAAGUGAUGAAGGAUGUAGAGGACAAAGAUCAAGGAAGGGAUUUUGAGUGUUGGGAACUUCCAAGAAAAUGUGAAAACAGGGAAGUGACAAAUACUUACGGUAAGAGAAAGGCAGAAGAAUUGGAGCAGUCUUCACACUGCCAAGAGGCUUCUGAGCCCUCAGUCUCCAGGAAAAGCAGAAGGAAGAAAGCUGAGGACAUGCCCCUUCAGGCUUCCAGCAUCUUGCGUAGUAAGCGGAAGGCACUGCAAACUUGCCAGGCCACCAAGGGCAAAGACACACCAGCUAAGGGGCUUGACCUGCCUGUUGUAAUUCAGCUGCAGACAAAAACCAAAAAGGUACAAAGCAAGAAGAAGCAGACCCUGAGCUUGGUAGAGCCAAGCAAGGUUGACAAGAACAUUGUGGAGCAAGUGCUGGAGGGGGAGAAUCCCACAGUUGAGACUACUGCAGCAGCCAUGGAGGCCGAACACCAAGUGCUCAUUCAGACACCUAGGGAGACCACUGCAAAGAAGGACCAACGCAAUGUCGAGGCUCUCCUUGGUCUUCUUGGGAAUCCUGUAGAUGGCGUAAAUGAUGAAGAAAGGACUGAGAUGGAGCAUGGACGGGUGAGCAGUGCACCAAAGGAGGUUCCUGAGGCAAGGGCAAAAGCCUUGGAGUCCCAGAAGGGAGAGCAAAGUCAGCCAAGUUCUACUCUGGAGCUUCCUCGGACGGGUCACAAGCCCGCCGAAACCGAGGAAGAUGAGGGUAUACACAGCCACGAUGGCAGUGACAUCAGUGAUAACGUCUCUGAGGGCAGCGACGACUCCGGCCUCAGCGGCUCGGGAAAGCUUGCAGGACCAGAGACCCCCACGGAGGAGGUGCCCCCCGUCCCCACACCCACAGCACUCCCGAGUCACACCUGCAUUUUUUGCGACCGCACGUUCCCCAUGGAGGUGGAGUACCGGAGGCAUUUAAAUCGGCACCUGGUGAACGUGUAUUACCUGGAGAGUGCUGCCUCUGAGGAGCAGUGAGCGUCCACUAGGGUCUUUGAUUGAAUGGCCUGAUAUUUCUAUUUAAUUUUCCUUCGUCAUACUGUAUACUUUAUAUAGCAGCUACGAGCAAGGUUUAUACUGCUUUACUAUUAAGUCUUUCUAUAAAUACAUGAACUGUCUUUUCUGCAUAUCAAGUGUUCAGCCUUCAGCAGCUAUAAAACAAAUGACAUUUUUUGCAGUUAUUUAAUACUGAUUCAUUUUCAUAAUGCCUUACUGUAACCAUCAAAAACUGAGACGUUAGCUUUAUGGCGUGUGUCUGCACUGGAUAUAACUUCUUUAUGUGUAGGUCGGAUCACAGAUAAACAGUACUAGUUGUCUUCUGUCAUCACUGGAACCAGCUUAAUUUCACUUUGGCCUUCAUGUCCAUAGCAUUAGAUGACGUGUCAAGUCUGUAACUGAUCAAGUGUGUCUGUAGAGAGGCAAUCUGAUGGUAAUUAAGAAUUCUGUGUGGGAACCACUCUCAUUCGGGCCUACUGAUUGAGCUAAAGGGUACAUAAAUGAUGGUGAGACCUCUGAGAGCUGGAUUGUGCUGGAGGGAGAACAGCGAUUGCAUGUUGCUGUUUUUUGUUUGUGUACUGGAAACCAAGUGGCGAAGGAAUCUGGAAUUUUGACAAUGAGUUCUAACAAGAACCCUGUUACGUUUUUAUAUGGAGUAAGUAAAGAGUGCCCCACAACCCCCAGCUCAUGAGCCUCCCCCCAUUUAUCACUCUGUCUGCGGGCCACAAUGACAGAGUGCAUUGUGAGUAGACGCGUGACGCUUCUAAAUGAGGAGUCAAAGAUGGCCCCUUUUGCCACCCCCGUGGUGAGACGAGAUUGGGCGGACCCAGGUGGUCCAAAGCCAGCAGGGUUGAGAAGAAUGGGCCUCUGGAUUCUUUUGUGAUGGAUUCUUCAGUGGAGCGUUCUGUGUCUGGUGAGUCAACAUGAGGGGGCGGAGCAACGCACGCUCAAUUGACAGCCAGUAAAGAGGCAUUGUUCCUCCAUCCUUUCGGUGAGCACUUUGCAGCCAAUGCAACUGCAUUUGUUUCUUUUGUUUAAAGGCCUGCCUUACUGUUGUAUUGGUUCACUGUAGAACAUGUUGACUCCAUAUGGUGGCGCACAUAUUUUCAAGUUCUGUUGAUUCGAUCGUACAGGAAGGUAAAGCCUGGUGGCCUUUUGAUGUUACAAAUGUGCAGCUAGAGGAUGGAGUCGUUGCUCCAUAAUUAUUCUCUGUGAAUGAGUUUGUGAAGAGGUGUCUGGGGCGUGUCGGACGUAGCUUACCCCCCCAAAACACAAAUCAUUAGAAAUUAUUUCUUAGACUGUAUGGUGAAAACGCAUCUCCAUGGAGGUGAAUGCCAGGCAGAACUCUCAGCACUUUCACUUCCAGAUGGGAGGCCAAGGAACGAACUGUCAAGCUCGGCAUUGGGAAGGAUUCGUGAAGUCAUCAGCCAAGCAGUCAUGCAGAGUGUAAACCCUGGCCACUGGUGUUUGAAAGCAUCGGUUUCCGGCAAUAUUCAUCCCCUUAAGUUUUGCGUUAACUACGCAACUGUAGAAUUAUGUGUACAUAAAGAAUUCAAAGCUUCAUUUCUUGUAUGAAAAGUUAGUAAUAGUUGUUUUUUUUUUUUUUAAAUUUUGCUACCUUUGUCCAAAGAUUUUUUUACGUUGAGCACACUUUUUUUAUUGCAUGCUACACUUGUUGCUUUUUUUUGGUGCUUUUGACAAUCAUUCUAUGGUUUUUCAUUUUUAAACCUCUCCUCCUAUCAUUUCUAUUAAAUAGCAACGAGACACUGAGUGAUGAGACAGUAUUUUAAAGAAACACCCUUUUGUUGAAAGUAAUCCUUUACAGAGCUCCUUUUUGGCUGGUGGGUGACUUGCGAGUGCUUGAACCAUUCCUUGAUGUGAAGUUGAAGCAUUGCUUUGCUUCGACCAAGGUCAAAUGCCUGUCUUCUUAACCUGUAAUAGCCCUAAAUGUGAUUUUUUUUUUUAUUUUUUUUUUGCCUUUGACCCCAGUUUUAGGGAAAGAAAUGUAAUCAAAUGAGCAUUCUGUUAGAUAUUCUUUGAGAGGUCAUUGCAGGAUUUACACCAUUAAAUCAGUAUGCUCUCACCAUUGCGAAUGCAGGUUGUUUUGAUGUUGGCGUAAACUCUCUUCUUUUUUUUUUUUUU